ACUCGAGUAACAUAACUGCAUUUUAUAGGCAAAGUACGAAUUGUUAGAUUGCUAUAGGCUACCAUAGUGCUUCGAUCUAAACUAAAGGUAUGGGCCCUUCUGGACAUUCAUCUUAUGCAGUUACACAGUCAGCGUUUAGUACAACAGCAUCAGAAGAACUAAUUACCGGACAAAAAACUUACCUGGGAACAGUGGACAUAGUCAUUAUAGUAGUUUAUAUGGUGGCAACCAUAUCUUUGGGGUUAUGGGCAUCAAGAAUUGGUGCCAGAGGUUCGGUAUCGGAAUAUUUUCUCGCGGGCAAGAGAAUGUUCUGGUUGCCUGUGGGUGCCUCUGUAUUCGUAUCUAAUAUUGGAAGUGUUCAUUUUGUUGGCUUGGCCGGUUCUGGUGCAAUCACCGGUAUAAGUGUUGGAGCAUUUGAAUGGGUUUCUGCGUUUUAUAUUUUAUGCCUUGGUUGGUUCCUGCUACCGAUAUAUGUAAGGAGCAAGGUAUACACGAUGCCAGAGUAUCUACAUAAGCGUUAUGGAGGUUCUAGACUUCGUGUUAUAUUAUCAGUUCUCUCCCUUGCAAUGUACGUGCUCACUAAAAUAGCGGUGGACCUUUUUGCUGGCGCUUUGUUUAUCCAGCAAGCACUGAAUAUAAACAUGUAUGUUGCAAUAGUUUCUUUGCUUGUGAUAACUGCUGCAUACACACUGCUUGGUGGUUUGAAGGCAGUGAUAUAUACGGAUACGAUGCAAACUCUUAUCCUUCUUAUCGGAGGAAUUCUUCUCAUGGUCAUAAGUUUUUCAAAAGUCGGCGGCUACGAGAACUUGAAAAAACUUUACAUGGAAGCAAUUCCACAAACAACCAAAGACAUUCUGGCGAUGGGAAACUUCACUACGUGUGGAAUUCCAAGAGAUGACGCCUUCCAUUUAUUUCGAGAUCCUAUCAAUUCAGAUCUACCGUGGCCUGGAAUGAUUUUUGGCAUCUCGAUUCUUGCGUUCUAUUAUUUUGGAACUGAUCAGGUUAUAGUGCAGAGAGUAUUAGCAGCAAAAAGCGUCAACCAUGGAAAAGCUGGUUGUGUCUUGGCAGCCAGUUUAAAAAUCCUACCUGUUUAUAUGUUUGUAAUGGCAGGUAUGGUCAGUCGUGCUCUUUUUCCCAACGAAGUCGCAUGCGCAGUGCCGAGCGAAUGCUUAAAGAUUUGCGGAAACGAGCAAGGGUGUUCCAAUAUUGCAUACCCAAAGCUUGUUCUGGAGGUUUUACCGAGUGGACUACGUGGUAUAAUGGUUGCGGCCAUGUUAUCAGCACUCAUGAGUUCUCUGACGUCGAUCUUCAACAGCACAAGUACUGUAUUCACCAUCGACGUAUGGAAACGCAUCCGCAAAGGGGCGACAGAGAGGGAGAUGCUUAUUGUUGGAAAGGUCACCGUGUGUGUUCUAGUUGUUAUUAGCAUUCUAUGGGUUCCUGUGUUGUUAUCAUCAGCUGGGGGUCAAGUCUUUAUUUAUCUUAAUUCAGUCCUUGCUUCACUUGCCCCACCCAUAGCAAUGCUUUAUUUCCUCGGUGUUCUGUGUCCACAAGUCAACGAAAAGGGUGCUUUCUGGGGGUUUGUUGUUGGCAUUGCGAUCGGAAUAACUCGACUUGUUUUGGAUUUCGUUUACCCAGCGCCUGGGUGCGACCAAUUAGAUACAAGGCCAGCAAUAGUUGCCAAGGUGAACUACCUGUACGUUGCUGUCAUUGUUUUUAUAGUUUCAAACCUUGUAGCCAUCGCGGUGAGUUACUUCACAAAGAAAUUAUCCCCAGAGCAGUUGGCGAAUGUAACUUGGUUCACUCUAACUGUAGACCAAAAGUCCGACGAUGAGAAAAAAAUACAUUUAGAUGGAGAUGAUGAAAUAGAGAUGCAGCAAAUCGCUUCGUGUGACGGUGACGAAAAAUACCAUGGCCAGGAUAGUAUCAGAAAAGUGAACCCAGACAGCGGCAUUCAAUACCUGUCUAAUCCAGUUCUAACCGGAUCCGGCAAAGUACGUUGGGGCAAUGUUAUCAACGCUGCGGCAAUCCUGCUCAUGGUUGUUAUGGGGUUUUUGAUAGGUUAUUAUGCCUGAAUAUAAAGUAGUGUGGGGUAAGAUGGGUAAAGUUAGCACAUAGUAUCCAAAAUUUCGUAAUCGUAUUUUAAACAAUUAAAAAUGGCUUUUUGCAAAGAUACAGUUAUAAAGUUUAGUAAAUAUUUCCUGUUAACGAUAAAACAUAAUGAAAACAUGAACCGUUUUGGCCCAAACUAUUAAAAGAGACACAGUGAUCCUAGACCUAGAUAUUAUAAUUUAAAGUCGUGUUAUAUAGCUUGAAAACAUUUACAGAACAUACACAGUCGUCGUAUAAAAAUAGUUGCAAAUUCGUGAAACUGCCACAAUACACUGUUUACAGUAUCAGUA